AUCAGGUCAUUUGGUUAGUUCACCUAGUUAACUGAAACACGUCUUAUAGACCACAGUUAGUUGAUGUAUUUAAAAUGAAGGAGUGGAACGUUUGGAAAACUAAUUUUGGCGGCAAAAAGCCAUCAAGUGUGCUGCCAUCAAGUAAAGCUUCAAGCUGCUUGGAAGAUGACAAGACCAAAGGAGUGAGUUAUGAGGUGCUCAAGAGCGACAUACUGCGCAGCAGGACAACUCGCUAUCUCAUUCGAGAUAUAAUCGGAGAGGGCUCAUUCGGCAAAGUUACAAAGGCUGUGAAUCUAAACACAUCACAGGAAGUGGCCCUCAAGAUCCUUAAAACUGAGGACACUGCUGACAGAGAGAUCAAAAUGCUCGAUGUCGUGAGCAUCCUGGACCCAGUGAAGAACAGCGUGGUUCAGUUCUUUGAGAGGUUCGACCACAAAGGACAAACCUGUCUAGUAUUUGAAAAGCUAGACAGGAGUCUUUUCGACUUCUUCGUCGAACGAGAGGGGAGACCACUCUCACUAAAUGAGAUACGGCCAGUAGCACACCAGUUGCUGACGGCCUUUGACGCUCUGAAGGGCAUUGGUGUCGUCCACUCAGACCUAAAACCAGACAACGUGAUGCUCGUCAAUCACUCUAGUACGCCCUUCAGAGUGAAGUUAAUAGAUUUUGGUGUGUCUUUCAAGACCACAGAAAAGAUGCAGGGGAUGACCAUUCAGCCUGUGGGCUACAGGGCACCAGAAGUCAUCCUGGGUCUCCCCAUCACAGAGGCCAUCGACAUGUGGGGUCUUGGCUGUCUUCUUGGGUUUUUGUACCGUGGCCAAGACCUGUUUCGCAGACUUGCGAGUACCAGUCAAUGA